AUGAUCCAGCGAAGGCUAGCAGCGAGAGCUCGCACGGCGCCCCACGAUGACAGCGAUUUGAUGCGCCUGGAUCACCCGGGCCUCGUUUCUUUCCUGCAGUCCUGCGGUGCCAAAAGAGACUUGGAAGAGGGAAGGCGAGCCCACGCGUUCUUAGAGAGAAGCAAUCGCGAGCCCAAGUUCAUGAAUCUCCUCGUCAAAAUGUAUGGUCGGUGCGGUAGAGUCGAGGAAGCCAGGUGCGUCUUUGCCAAGAUCCCGGCGCCAAAUCUUUACUCGUGGACCAUGAUUGUCACAGCAUAUGCCCAGAAUGGGCAUCCACACGAGGCGCUAGGGCUCUUGAGGAGAAUGGAUCUGGAUGGGACGCCGCCGGACAAGGUCGUGCUCAGCAUCGCGGUCACUGCCUGCGCCAGCAUUUGCGCGCUCUCCCUCGGCAAGCAGAUCCACCAUCGCGUGGCGACCCUGGGCGUCAUCGACGAUUUCUUGCGCUCUUCCCUCAUCAAUCUCUAUGGCACCUGUGGCGAGAUCUCUCUGGCCAAGAGUGUGUUUGAUUCCAUGGCGGCAGGGGCCACAAAUCUCGUGUGCUGGGCCACGAUGAUCAAGGCAUUCGCUCGCUGCGGGCAAUUCCUGGCAGGGAUCGAGCUCUUCUGGGAGUGGAUUUCCAGAGGGGUAGAGCCGGACGCGGUGACACUCGUGAGCGCGGUGGAUUGCUGCGCGGGAUUGGGCGAUCUGCAGCAAUCCCAGGCAAUCCACGCUCGCGUCCUCGCGGCGGCGGGGAUGGAAUCCAACGAGUUCCUGGGCAGCGCGCUGCUGACUAUGUUCGUCCGGUGCAAGGCCCUGGAUAGAGCGCGCGCUACCUUCGAGGCCAUGGAGGCCAAGAGCGUGGUGCCAUGGACGGCCAUGAUCUCCGCGUACGCGCAGAUCGCACGGCCCAGGGAGGCCUUCCGGCUGUUCCAGAGGAUGGCCAUGGAGGGCGUUCGUCCCAACGAGGUGACAUUCCUUGGGAUCCUCGAGGGAUUCGCGACGCGCGCAUCGUUCCACCACGGGCGAUUGAUCCACGCCUGCUUCGACGAUGGCAGCGCGCCCAUGGCCUUGGAAUUCGCUCCACCAUCCAGGAUCAAGGUGAGCAACGCGAUCCUCGACAUGUACGCGCGAUGCGGCAGCGUGGACGACGCCAGGGCCUUGUUUGAUCGCAUGGCAUCCAGGACGAACAUCUCGUGGACGUCAAUGGUGGCGGCGUAUGCCCAGAACGGGCAUCCCAGCUUGGCGUUGGAGAUCUCCCGGGAGAUGGACCAGGUGGGUAUGAGCAAGAACGCCAUCACCUUCAUCACAAUUCUCUCGGCGUGCAACCACGGGGGAUUGCUGGAGGAGGGGAUUCGCUUCCUUGCGGGCAUGAGGCGCGAUCACGGCGUGUUGCCCAGCAACGCUCACUACAGCUGCGUGAUCGAUCUGCUGGGCAAGGCUGGGAGACUGGAAGAGGCCGAGAGCAUGAUCGCUGGGCUGGUUGAGAGGCCAGAUGCUGGUUUGUGGAGGUCACUCCUUGGGAGUUGCAGGAUUCAUGGAGAUGAAGAGAGAGCCGGGCGAGCUGGGGAGGAGCUCAAGAAGCUGGAGCCAUCUGAUGCUGCCCCAUACGUUGUGAAAAAACUGUUUCUUCUUGAGACAUAG